CACUAAGCUUUAAGUUAUUGAGAUGGUGAACCGUGAUAAUUCUAUUGUGGCUUUAUCCUUUUUUAUGCUCUUCUUGCUUGUGUUACAUCUGCAUUUUGAAACUACAACAGCUGCGCGAAAACCAGUUAGAGUGUUUGGUCCGCCAAGUUCUAUCGAGUGGUCACCACCAUCACCACCAAAGGAUGACUUUGAAUGGUUCGAGAUCAAUAUAUACAAGAACAUUGAACAAACUGCAUUCCGACCCACUGGUCAAGGUCCUAGCCAAGGCAUCGGACACAAGGAUCCACCUGUAUUUUCUUCCGUUUUUGUAAUCGGAUCCUUAAGCUUCAUCCCACCGCCUCACCCAUUUGAUCCCUUGACUGAGAUCGAACUCAAUCUCGUCCGUAACAUCAUCAACGAAAGGUACCCCAUUGGUCUGGAACAUAGGUUCACUUUCCAGUACGUGGGUCUCAACGAACCCGACAAGUCCCUAGUCUUAUCCUGGGUUUCAUCACAAUACCACAAUGUCAAGUCACCACCACGUCAGGCAUUCGUCAUCGCUCGAGAUCACGGAAAGACCCGAGAGAUCGUCGUGGACUUUGCCUCUCAAGCCAUUGUUUCGGAAAAGAUUCACGUAGGAAAUGGUUACCCUAUGCUUACAAUUGACGAGCAACAAGCAACCAGCGAGCUUGUUCUCAAGUUCAAGCCGUUCCGUGACUCAAUCAGGAGACGUGGCUUGAACGUGUCCGAGGUUGUUGUCACGACCUCAACGAUGGGAUGGUUUGGUGAGGCGAAGCCGGAGAGGCUUAUAAAAAAGAGACCGUUUUAUCUGAAUGGGUCGGUGAACACUUACCUUAGACCUAUAGAAGGAAUGACGAUAAUCGUUAACCUUGACCAGAUGAAAGUAACGAAGUUUAGAGAUAGGUUUACGAGUCCUUUGCCUAAUGCUAAGGGAACCGAGUUCCGUAUCUCGAAGCUAAAACCGCCGUUUGGCCCGUCGCUUCAAAACGCCGUCCUUUUUCAGUCGGAGGGGCCUGGGUUUAAAAUCGAUGGACACACGAAUAGAUGGGCAAAUUGGGAAUUCCACAUGUCAUUUGACGUACGAGCUGGUCUUGUUAUCUCUCUUGCGUCCAUUUUCGACAUGGACGUUAACAAAUACCGUCAAGUCCUAUACAAAGGCCAUUUGUCGGAAAUAUUUGUACCUUAUAUGGAUCCAAGUGAAGAUUGGUACUUCAGAACUUUUUUUGACUGUGGUGAAUUUGGUUGCGGCCAAUAUGCUGUGUCUCUUGAACCUUACACCGAUUGUCCCGGUAACGCUGCCUUCAUGGACGGCGUCUUUGCAAGCCAAGACGGAACUCCGAUAAAAAUCACAAAUGUUAUGUGCAUCUUCGAGAAAUAUGCCGGAGACAUUAUGUGGCGGCAUACCGAAAUUGAAAUUCCCGGCUUAAAAGUAAGACCGGACGUAAGUCUUGUGGUCCGGAUGGUGACGACCGUGGGGAACUACGACUAUAUAGUUGAUUACGAGUUCAAACCUAGUGGUUCCAUCAAAAUUGGGGUCGGUUUAACAGGUGUUUUAGAAGUUAAACCGGUGAAAUAUGUUAACACAUCCGAGAUCAAAGAAGACGAUAUCCAUGGGACAAUCGUCGCGGACAACACCAUUGGAGUUAACCACGACCAUUUCGUGACAUACCGUCUUGAUCUUGACAUUGAUGGCACGGAUAAUUCUUUUGUCCGUAGUGAACUUGUGACCAAGAGGACACCAAAAUCUGUUAACACGCCUAGGAAGAGCUAUUGGACAACGAAACGGCUGAAAGCAGAGGAGUUGUUGGUGGUUAACCCUAGUAGGAAAACAAAGCACGGUAAUGAGGUUGGAUACCGUUUACUUCAUGGGCCGGCUUCUGAAGGUCCACUUCUGGCUCAAGAUGAUUACCCACAAAUUCGGGCAGCAUUUACCAACUAUAAUGUGUGGAUCACGCCGUACAACAACACGGAGGUUUGGGCCAGCGGUUUGUACGCUGACCGGAGCCAAGGCGACGACACGUUAGCCGUUUGGUCCCAAAGGAAUAGGAAAAUAGAGAAGACAGAUAUAGUGAUGUGGUACACUGUCGGAUUCCACCAUGUCCCUUGCCAGGAAGAUUUUCCGACGAUGCCUACUUUGUUUGGUGGCUUUGAACUCCGACCGACCAACUUUUUCGAGCAAAAUCCUGACCUUAAGACCAAACCCAUCAAACUCAACACCACACCAACGUGCACUGCCAGGAACGAUUAA